ACACACACGAGCCCGGUAUAAAUGGGUCGGCAACGCCAACAGUCCGAAGAUAUAAGAGUCCGGUCUCGGUCUAGGAUCCUCCUACCCUAGACAAAGUGUGCAAGUCUGCAGUGCGAACUCGGCCGUCCUGGACUACCUCGGCUCUGAGCCCUACCGACCUCUCGAUCGCGCGGGCCGCUCUAUGGUGAACUGCCCUAGCCUGGCUACGCUGGAGGAUAACUGAAACCCGCUGACGGAAGUAGCAGAGUAACCUUGUAACCUUGUAAUUGCCCCUCGUGAAAGACCACUACACUAGUUUCGGCUCAACCUAGGUCUCAACAAAAGUGCUGAACUGAUCGGACGUGCCACGUCGCCACUGCAGCAUGGGCUAGCACAGCCCCUGCAACAUCUUUGUUGACGAGUUACAAUAGAGAAGAAGGGCGCCUACAGAUGAAGGGCGCCUGCUAGCUCGAUUGCCUGGCCAUUCCAAGCUGUGGGGAUCUUUGCUUUGUCGAAUUCGGAGACGCGCCAUGGCCCUCGCGCUGGUCAGAGGUAGCUUGCGAGCUGGUUUCUGCGCCCGUGCUGGUCAGGUUUUUCAAGCAACCUCUGGGGCCUUCGACAUCGUUGAUUCACAAACACUCACCGCAGACUGCAGAAUUUCUCAGCAAUCGGACGAAGGCAGGACCCUGCGGCUUUCAGAAGCAGGCUUUGCCUUCAGGUCAUCGUUCCAUACGAGCAACCCACAAUCUGACGCCACAACUAGCGGCGGUGGCAGCGCCUCUGCGGCAGAGUUGGAAGAGAAGCGGCGGAGCAUCAACAAGAUAUUGUAUCGCUCACGGCAGCGUGGACUGCUCGAACUGGACCUGUUAAUCGGGAAAUGGGCCUCCGAAAACGUGCCGCGGAUGGACGGGCAGGCAAUGGAUCACUACACGCAAAUACUGGACGAGGAGAAUCCCGAUCUUUGGAAGUGGCUCACCGAACAGGCGGAAGCGCCCGCCGACCUCAAAACCAACCCGGUCUUCGAGUCGCUGUGUAAGUACGUUCGCAAGGACCUGGAAGCGAAAGCGGACCCGGCAACUAGGACGGAGCCAGGCAAGGCCUGGGUCCGCGGUUGGAACGAUUCGGAUAGGAAAGUCGGCGGGCCUCCGGCAGGGAAUCAGUGAGGUCUCAAGGUUUUGUCUAUAGUCGAUAUUAGUCUAAAAGGCUGGCAUAAACGGGUCGUUUUAUGAAUAUUUUUGACCCCGCGUUUUGGCUUGGGGAGGACGGAAGGUCAAAAAGGAUCAAGAUACCUCUAUUGCAAGCUAGUCGUCGUGACAAUCACUUAGCGACGAUUCGACGAGAUCAUUACACUGGUCGAGCAUGAUUGUUGCCUGACAAAUCAUCAGGCUUUGGAAGCACCAUGGCCGGCAUUUGCUUCGCGGCCCGGGCGACAGCUGGGCCUCGGG